AUGUGUUGGAACAAGAAGUUCUUACUCGUCACUGAGCUCGACGUGACCGAGAGCUUCGCCAAAGCCGCGCUGAUGGAGCUGUCCGCGCACGCCGAGAUGAGGCUCGACGACAUCCAAAUGGUAGCGCCAGGUGUCAAAGCCAUGCCGAAGGAAGAGCAGAUUGACUGGUGUGCGCUAGCGGACGAGCUGCAGACGUCGUGCGCCAUCAAGGAUGCCAUCGAGGAGGCCGCGAGCUCCUUCGCCCACCUCACAGCAGAGACCUGCACCAUGCAGCCGCUAACGCUGAUGUCCGAGCUGGAACGCCUGAAAGCCCGGCACCAGGACUUCUUGAUCUUACGUCCGACCGGCUACCAUGAGAACGGAAUCAUGUCCGGCGUCCACAUCCCGCUGUCUUCACAACACUUGGACCAGCUCCUGUACGACUCUGCCCCAGAUGAGAUCCGCGGUGAAGCCUUGAAAACUGCCCGUCUGCAGCGAGACCGGGUUGCUACCGCAGUGGCCGGUGGUUGGCUUGCCGGUGGAUCCUUCGACAGCCGGAUAUGGUGGGGAGAUCAAAUGAGGAACAUCUACUUUGUGCCGUUGUUGGAACGUGCUGACGAGCGACCAGCUGCCUAG